UAAAACUAACCUAAACUCAAUUCACACCUGGUCCUAAACCAAACCACCCACCGGAAAUUACCAUCCAUACCUAUGGGGACCCCACGAUGCUGCCUUUUUCUGGAAAAUGGUCCCCAUGAUGUAUCAAAAACGUACCCACACACACACACACACACACAAACAAACUCAGGCAAAAAUAUAAUUGCCUGCAUUUAUCUUUGGUAUUGGACAAUAUUUACAAAAACUGGACACUUGAAAUCUGCCUGAAGUGGUUGUAAUUUAAACACUACAGCAUGACGUCAGGUUGAGCUUACAGAUUAUGAAGGGUCACAAUCUGGGACUUGUUUUGUGAAAAAAGGGGGUUGUUAUGAGUUCGAUAGAUUAAAGCUCCAUGACCUACUUGCAAAAAAAAAAAAAAAAAAGAAAAGAAAAGAAAAUAAUUCUUUACUGCUCAUAUGUAAUUAAAACAUUGAAUGGGACAAAAAUUAAAACUUAUAAUGUUAUUAUGGCAACGUGUAGCUAAAUAAUUCUAGAACAUUAUAAAGUAGAUACUAUGUUUCAGUUUUGAUCUUAAAUAGCUUUUAGAGAACCUGGAAUGUGAACGAGUCCAUCAAGCACGACACCAUGGGGGCACAUGUUAAAAACUGUCAGAGCAGAUAAUAAAAGUCUCUGAAAACAAGUCUGGGAAUGAGUGCAGAUUACAGGAGAACACCUGGGUUUGUUGGAAACAUCAGAUGUCCCAGCUGAUCUGAGGGGAGCUAUAAGAAGCUCCAGCCUCACCCUCAGCUCAGUGCUGGUGGAGGCUGAGCUGCAGAACUGUGUCUGUGCAGGGAUGGCUCUGUGUGUGGAGUCCGAGGUCCGUCUGAUCCAUCAGAACCAGCACAAAGACUUGAAUCUGGAUCUGAAAUCACUGUUUGGAGAACAGGACCCUGAUAAAGAUGGUGCCAGGUCCUCUCUGGAGCCAGAAAAGUCGCUGGGUUUAAUGGAGGGCCAGAGGAAGAGGAAGAGGACCAUCUUCAGUCGAGCCCAGCUGUCUGAGCUGGAGCAAGCCUUUGCUGUGACCCCGUAUCCAGACAUCACUCUGAGAGAGAGGCUGGCCGUGCGCACACACCUGCCUGAGAGCAAGAUACAGGUCUGGUUUCAGAACAGAAGAGCCAGAAGUAUCAGGACUGAUAGAUUCCCCAAGUCAGCCAAGUCUGAUGUGAGAGUUGUCGGCUUCACAGAACCCUCCACACACCCAGCCACCACUCUGGCAGACAUGUUCAGGCAAGACCUGAACCCCUCCUGUGAAGAAGUGCCACACAUUUACUCCGACUGGAUCCAAAUCUACAGCAACCCGGUAUCUUCCACACAACCGCCGUCCUCAUCCUCAUCGCUCUACCAGCAGCCCACCCAAAAGCUGCCCAAGAACUGCUCCAAGCCUUCAGGCUCUUGUCUCUGGGAAGAAGAGCACCACAGGCAGCCACACGUGGCCCCAAAAAUCAGCUGUUCUAUUGCCGGUUCCUUUCCUCAGCCCACUAGCAAGCAGUGUCACCAUCCUGCCUCAAACCAGUCCCACCAGGCCUUUACAAACUUCAAACCCCAGACCCUGACUCUGUCUGGGAACCAUCAGCCCAUGUAUGGAGCCCACAGAGGAGGAGGGGGAGGGAACUGUUCAGUAGAGCAGGUAAUCCCCUCCCAUCCUCAGCCAGUGUACUGGGAGGCAACUCAGGGACAGCGCCACCAACACCAUCAUCACCACCCACAAAUUGGACCACAGACCUCCAUGGGAUACAUCUCAGAUCUGAUCUACAAUGCUGCCAUAGUUACCAAUUUCCUAGAGUUCUGAUGAGAACAUUGAACGAGAAGCAUGAACAAAAUUAAGAGUCUGUUUGUUGCAACCAAAGCACUAUUUCUGUCACACUCCUACGUUUAUGUUUUGUGUUUGCAGUGUUGAUUUUAUCCUAAAUAAGCCUGUGAACUUGUGAAGUUGUCAUACUGUCUUUUUAUUUGUUGUAUUUUUAUGUUUAAUUUUUAAUGUGUUUCAGGAAAUAAAUUAGCAUUUUGUCA